AUGGGUGUCGUAAAAAAGUGGAAGUUUUUUAACGAGAUUGAUGCUUUUCUAACUGUACGACACAACGUCAAUCCGUUAAAAAUCAUCGACACUAUGGCAGAAGGUGAUGAACAAGGUGUGCAUGAAUUUGAUGAUGGAGAACAGGGAAGGUUAGAGGACAGCAGUUUCGACCAAGUUAAUGAUAUGAUCAAUAUGUAUGGCAAAGGUGAAUCUCAUCUUCAAAAGUGUCCUACCUGUGAUUACGAAGAAGAGUUAAAAAGUGGUGGGGUACAUGUAACUGAAAAUGGGGCGGUUAUUGUGUACGCCAAUGACGACCAAUUUUCUUGCCCAAAUUGCUCUUCAGAAAAUGACAAGCAACAGCCAGAAAACAUUUCUGGCUUUAAUGAUAACGGUGGAAACGACAAUUGUCCAGUUAUGAAUUUCCAAAAAGAAGUUAAUCCAGUCACAAACAUGAGAAGAAGUCAAGAAAAACCAUCGACAGAAGAAACAAAGUCAAAUCGUGAAACGGCCCCAAGUUUGCCCCGUAAAAAAAGAAAAAGCAAUGUAGAGAAAAGCUUAGAGGUUAUAUUUGCAAAAUUUGGACAGUCGUCAGCAGCUGAAUUUGAAAGGUAUCAGAAGUUUGAACAGGAUCGCAUUGAUAGAAAAUGA